CGUGUGUUGGUCUAGGCUCGCGUUAUUAUUUUUUAAACCGUGGACCCAGAAUUCUAACAACGAAUUCUAAGCAACGUCAUAGACGGCGUCGUGGGGAAGCCCCCGGGCAGAACUCAGGGUGCCCCACGCGCGCUCCCCGCCGCCCAGGCCCGGGGGGAGGCGUACUGAGGAGCGCCCCCCCACCUCCCACCGCGGGCCCUGGAGUCCUCCCGGGCACUGCCUGCGCCGGAGGCUGAGCGCCCAGACACCGCCCCCACCCCCACGUCCCACCGACCCACAACGGUGGGCGGCCCUGGGAAUAGAGAGAAGAAAGUCUGAGAAGGCUUCUUGGAGGCGGAGGCAUUUCCUUGAGAUGAGGAAACCGAGAAGCAGCUAGUCCGCGGCCCUCGGGGAGUGCGGAGGUGGAGUCGCGCCGCCCCUGGGCGCCGCCUGCGGCCGGGGCGUGUCCGGGCCCGGGGCUCGGGGCGGCCAGCACCGGUGGGCAGCGAGCAGGUCCAGCCACGCAGCCGCAGAGGCCCGGCCCCGCCGGCUGAGUGGCGGCAGGAAGGGAGGCGACGCCCCCUGGAGCGCGGCAGGAACCGGGUUCGGCCCGCCUCCCCGCCCGCCGAGCCGCGCCGGCCCCAGAAGUGAUGAAAGCCACGGCCGAGUCCAGGUCACGCCGAAGCCGUUGCCCUUUUAAGGGGGAGCCUUGAAACGGCGCCCGGGUUCCAUGUUUGCAUCCGCCUCGCGGGGAGGAAACUCCAUGUUGUAACAAAGUUUCCUCCGCGCCCCCUCCCUUCCCCUCCCCCUCAGAACCUGGCUCCCCUCCCCUCCGAAGCUCGCGGGGAUCCCUCCCUCCCACCCCUCCCCUCCCCCCCGCGCCCCGAUUCCGGCCCGAGCCGGGGGGGAGGCCGGGCGCCGGGGCCAGAGUCCGGCCGGAGCGGAGCGCGCCCGGCCCCAUGGACAGCUCGGCCGUCAUUACUCAGAUCAGCAAGGAGGAGGCGCGGGGCCCGCUUCGGGGCAAAGGUGACCAGAAGUCGGGGGCUCAGAAGCCCCGCAGCCGGGGCAUCCUCCACUCCCUCUUCUGCUGUGUGUGCCGGGAGGAUGGGGAGACUCUGCCGGCGCACAGCGGGGCCCCCCUGCUCGUGGAGGAGAACGGCGCUGUCCCCAAGCAGACCCCCGUCCAGUACCUGCUCCCGGAGGUCAAAGCUCAGGACUCAGACAAGAUCUGCGUGGUCAUCGACCUGGACGAGACGCUGGUGCACAGCUCCUUCAAGCCUGUGAGCAACGCGGAUUUCAUCAUCCCGGUGGAGAUUGAUGGGGUGGUCCACCAGGUGUACGUGCUCAAGCGGCCGCAUGUGGACGAGUUCCUCCAGCGCAUGGGCGAACUCUUCGAGUGUGUGCUGUUCACGGCCAGCCUGGCCAAGUAUGCAGACCCCGUGGCUGACCUGCUGGACAAAUGGGGUGCCUUCCGUGCGCGGCUGUUCCGGGAGUCCUGCGUCUUCCACCGGGGGAACUACGUGAAGGACCUGAGCCGGCUGGGCCGGGACCUGCGGCGGGUGCUGAUCCUGGACAACUCGCCCGCCUCCUACGUCUUCCAUCCGGACAACGCUGUUCCUGUGGCCUCCUGGUUCGACAACAUGAGUGACACGGAGCUCCAGGACCUCCUGCCGUUCUUCGAGCAGCUGAGCCGGGUGGAGGACGUGUACUCCGUCCUCAGGCAGCCGCGGCCGGGCAGCUAGUGAGGCGCGCAGGGGCCAGGACCUGCCCCCACCAGUGCUCACCCCUGGCCCAAGGACCCUGCCUCAAGAUCUCCCGGCGGCCGCCGUCCACCUCGGUGUCUCGAGGAGGACACCCCCGCCCCCCGCCACCUCUCGGCCAGGCCCCGGGCGAGCAGGCUGCACACGGGGCCACGAAUCAGUGCCUUAGCACCCCCUCUUUCUCGGGGUCCCUGCGUGCUGCUCCCCCCCUCUCUCCCCUCCGUGCUGCCAUGUUUCUCUGCUGCCAAACGGGGCCCCUGGGCCUCUCCCAGUUCUGCGUGGAGGGCGGGGCUCCUGCCGCCCCAGGCCUUGGGGGGCCCCCAGCCCCGAACGGUGGACACCAAGUGCCUUGCACCCUCAUUCCCAGCCGCGGUUCCCCACACCUGGGCCGGCGCCUGCCUGGAGAGGAGAACGCCCCCCGCCCCGCCUCCCUGGGGACUCCUGCCCCCCAGGGUCUGCGGGGAGAGCCCAGGGGCAGGCAGGGGGGUGGGGGGCCAGAAUUGUUACCACCUGUGAAGGGAUCAGACUCUGGCCUUAACGCCCCGCCCCCCUGAGGCCUGACCCCUCCCCCCAUCUGACCGCCCUGUGCUCCGGAGCGUGGGCACAGGCUGGACCUCUCUGUGGUGCCAUAUAAAUAUGUAUAUGUGUAUAUAGACUUGGGGGGAAGGGAAGGGUCGGGGAGACACCGCCUCCCUCCCCCUGUCCUGGGCCCAUAAAUUAGGGGAGGGCGGGGGAGGAUUUUUACGUUGGUUUUUUUUUUUUUUAAACUGCUCUUUUUCUGACUGAGCAGGUCAGGGGACCCCAGACCCAACCCUCAGUCCGCCAGCCCCUCUCCGCGCCAUCCAUUCAUUCAAAAAAACACCAGCACUGCUCUGUGCCAGCCCGUCCUAAGCCCUGCCAGCUGGGGGCGGGCUGGGGGCCGCCUCCCCUCCCCUACCCCAUAUUUAACCGGUGCCUUUUGGGGAGCUGUGGGAGGUGGGACCCUUCUUGUUGGGGGGGGGGGGUUUGAGGGUCCAGCCACCCUCUUUAUGUGCCAAUCCGUCCCCUGCAGCCUCGACCGCGCCCCCUGCUGGCUGGGGGCGGCACCCAGCCCACCCACUCUGCCUCCCCAUAAUCUGGACUCCCUCCCCCCAAAUGCUGGGUGCGGGGCCUAACGGUUUAAGGGGACCUGCAAACCAGUGCCAAGGGAGACACUGUGCCCCGCGCCCCCCCGGAUGGGGAGGGAGACCACAGGUGGGUCGGGGGACUUUCCCAUGAAAAGUGCCUUCUCUGUGACUCAGCCCCACUGUGCCAUGAGAACUAAAGGAAUCAGACUCUCCCUGCC